AUGUCGUUGAUCGUUCCCUGUUUUUUACUCGCCAUUAUAAUAAUCAGCGCGAAUUUGCUACUCAGACGAAAAAAGCUGAAUGAACCGCCGGUAGUUCCACACAGAAUCCCAUUCUUUGGGCACACGAUCGAGUACAUGAAUAAUCCGGAAGGACUCUUAAAACGUUGUCGAGAAAAGUAUGGAGAAAUCUUCACUAUCUACAUAUUUGGAGCGUUACACACUGUUGUCGGAGAACGCUACUCUCCUGAAAUAUUCAAGUCAGCUCACAUGAGUUUCAUAGACGGAUUGGAAGAGAAACUUCCUCUCGCUCAUAUCACAAAUGUAGUGCAAGACCCAGAUUAUGCAGAACUUGGCUCCAAAUUAGUCAAUAAAUGCAUCUCUGGUCGAAUGGAAGUCUAUCAACAUCGCGUUUUCGCUCAACUACAGGAGGCAAGCAAUAAGCUUAUCGGAGACUGUAAACAGCCUAAACUCAUAAAUGAGAUGUUACCACUCGUACACGAAUGCAUGUCUAGAGCCAUUGCGGACAUUUUCGUUGGAGAGGAAUUGGCAAAAGACGAUGAAGUUGUAAACACUUUCCGCACAUUUACGCGUGAUAUUACGGACAGCACAUUAUCCAAUGCAUUGCUUACGUUUAUACAUCCGAAACUAUACAUGAACGAAAUCUUAUUCCGCUUCAAGUUUGGCUCGAACCCCGCCACAAAACACAAGUCGCUCCUCAUCCGAAAGAUUCGCCCUAUCGUUGCCAAGCGCUUAGAACAGGAAGCCUUCCUCGGUUCAUCAUACUCCCGUCCCGAUGACUUGCUCCAAGAUCUUCUCGAGCACCCUCGGAACAACAAAGCAGACCCAAAUUAUGAAUGGAUGGUCUCCCAAAUGAUAUUUCUUAUCUGGGCAGGAAUACACUCGACUACUCGAAGUGCUAUGGAUUGUCUGUUUGAUUAUGCCGGGAGGUCGGAAUACUGGGAUGAAUUGGUCGAGGAACAACGGACGGUUUUGAGUAGGAGUGAAGGUGAUGAUUGGAAAGAACGAAGCGUCACCGUGGAAGAAUUGGCAAAGAUGGAGAAAUUGGACAGCUUUUUAAGAGAGUCAAUGAGACUUGAAGAUCUUUAUAUCGAUUUGGAUCAUCGAGUAAUGUCACCAGUGUUUAGAUUUAGUAAUGGUCUCGAAUUACCGGAAGGUCGCCACGUUGUGAUAAAUUUCAACGAACUCAAUGCUUCCUCCACCCUACAUG